AUGGACGCGGAGCUGAAGGCGCUGGAGUCACGCGAUACGUGGGUUCUAGUCGAUCGUGCAGCAGUGAAGGGGAGAAGGGUGCUAAGCGGAAAGUGGGUCUUCCGUCUCAAAACCAACAUCGACACCAAGAACGCAUUCUUAUACGCGUUGGUGGACGCAACCAUCUUCGUGGAGCAGCCGCACACCUACGGGGAAGGAGACUCCUGGGUCUGUCAGCUGAAGAAAUCCCUCUACGGGAUAAAGCAAGCGCCACGUCUCUGGCAACUGCACCAGCACAAAAUUCUCUUAGAAAUCGGCUUUAGGCAGCUGCCACACGACCCGGGAAUGUACCGCCUCCACUUCAACGGCGACUACAUCCUUUUGACUGUCUAUGUUGACGACUUGCUCUACACUGGCACCUACAACAAGCUUCUUAAUCAGUUCGAGGAGAACCUGGCGCAGCGCAUUGACAUCUCCAUCAACCACAACAUCACACAGUUUCUGCAGCUGAACAUCAUCUAUGCGCCAGAAGCAAUUCAUAUGUCAGCCUCCAAGUACGCAGAACAGCUGGGGGAACGCUUCAACAUCUCACCCGCACCAAUCUCAACUCCUUAUCGCAACCCCAGCGCCAACUACAAACCGGACAACAAACCUCUGUCGCUUGCAGGACUCCACCAGUACCAACAGCAACUGGGGUGCCUGCUGUUCGCCUCUGUUACGCGCAGUCCCGACCUUUCGUACAUUGCCAGCCAACUGGCACAGUACUAUCGCAAGCCAAUUGCUGAGAACCAACUGGACUUGGAGCGCGCCAUGCUGUACUUCAUAUCCACACCUGACAUCCGGCUAUCCUACUCCACGCUGACGACAACCUCCUUCAACCUCAACGGCUACGUGGACACAGAUCAUGCCGCUGACCCUGCGAAGGACCAAUCUCCUGGAACUCACUGA